UAUUGGACUAUAGAUAUUUGAUACACAGUCCAGGACACGUUGACAAAUCGUUGAAUAAAGUAACAAACUUAACGCAACAAAGAAAAAGCCAAUCAAAAUCAAAAUCGAAAUUGGUCAAAAAUCUCCUCAUUCUCAAAGCUAAAAAAAUUCACUUUUUGCUCUCAGUCUCAGCUCACAGGUGCUUCAUGCAUGUCAACAAAGUGUCUAUACAUAAUCCUAGUUGAAGAUCAUGAAUUUCAUAGCUGGAGUUUUCAAGCCACCGUGUAGUGUUUUAAUCUCCUUGGCUGAUGGAAGAACUCGCAAGCAGGUUCCAAUAAAGAAGGACAAUGGUCAAACAGUUAUGCUUCCUCUGUUCCAAAGUCAAGAAACCAUCAUUGGCGAGGUUCUUGUGGAACCAACACAAGGGAAGAAAUUUGAACAUAAUGGUAUUAAAAUUGAGCUCCUCGGUCAAAUAGAGUUGUUUUUUGACAGAGGCAACUUUUAUGAUUUUACUUCCCUUGUGCGUGAACUUGAUGUUCCUGGUGAAUUAUAUGAAAGGAAAACAUAUCCAUUUGAAUUUUCUACUGUUGAGAUGCCUCAUGAAUCAUACAAUGGAGUCAACGUUAGGCUUAGGUAUAUUUUGAAAGUUACAAUUGGUCGAAAUUAUGUCCCUAACAUGGUGGAGUACCAGGAAUUUGUGGUUCGCAACUACACUCCACCUCCACCAAUCAAUAACAGCAUUAAGAUGGAGGUCGGAAUUGAGGACUGUCUACACAUUGAGUUUGAGUACAAUACAAGCAAGUAUCACCUGAAGGAUGCCAUCCUUGGAAAAAUAUAUUUUCUUUUGGUGAGAAUCAAGAUUAAAAAUAUGGAGCUUGAGAUUAGGCGUCGGGAGUCAACUGGAUCAGGGUCCAAUACAUACGUUGAAACCGAGACCCUUGCAAAAUUUGAGUUGAUGGACGGUGCUCCAGUCAGAGGAGAAUCAAUUCCAAUCAGACUUUUCCUUAGUCCUUAUGAACUAACGCCAACAUAUCGCAACAUCAACAACAAAUUUAGUGUGAAGUACUUUUUGAAUCUGGUUCUUGUGGAUGAGGAGGAUCGGCGGUAUUUCAAGCAGCAAGAAAUCACAGUCUAUCGGCUUCUUGAAGAUUAACUAUUUUCUCAACUUAAAGCAGUUCAAACAUUUCGUGAUGAGAAAGGAGCAGCACAUGCUAAUGGCACCAAUUACUGAAGCCCUUGUGUGGUUAUUUAAAGGAUGAGUUAGUGGAUUCAUCUCGGUGAGCUGUUUAUGUAAUUGCCAAUAUACACACGGAUGAUCACUUGAUGAUUUUGCUUUUUCUUGAGAUUCAAACACCUGUAAAAUUACAGCAGUGACCUUUUGUGAUUUCAAAAUUUUGUAGUUUUGGUUUGAUAGGGGUAUCUUAUUGUGCUUUUGUCUAAAAAUAAAUAUUUUUGGGUUAUGUUAUAUACUUAUGUGUGUGUUUUUACACAUGCACAUGUAUCAGUCUAUUUUUCAA